AUGGCGGCGGCGCUGCUCAACGGCCACGCCAAUGGAGCAGAGCCUGAUGAUGCCGACCACAACACCUACCCGGACAUCUACACAGCCUCUUCCGUAGAAGAUAUCCGCACUACGCUGUCCGAACUCUCGCGUCGCGAGGCCGCCAUCACCUCCAGUCUCGAUACCUUCCUCGCCACCCAGAAGGAUCUCGUCCGUACUCUGUCCCGUUUGGAUCUCGCCCGAGCCCAAGUGGCCGCGCAGGUGGUGCACACGCGCAACAUCAGCAAUGGCCUGCUCGCUUCCGCCUCCACCACCGCCCACCGCAUCUCCUCCGCCGUGCGCAACUUGGACCGCGAACAGGCCGCCGUCAAGUCGACGCUGAAGGUCGUCGAGCAAGUCGCCGACCUGAAAGCAUGCGUCCUCGCCGUCACGGGUUCCAUGGGUGCACCCCAGGAUUGGGAGACUGCAGCCAGCUACCUGCACCGCGCCAGCCAAAUCCCCGACGCUGUCAUUGACAGCCCCUUUGCCGAGGAGGCUGUCCCUACCGCCGAUGUGCCGGAUGUUCCCCGUCAUACGCUCAAUGCCGCCUCGGAAAGCUUGUGUGCCCUCUUCUUGCGAGAAUUCGACAAGGCCGCACGGGAUGGUGACGGUGCGAGGGUGACUCGCUUCUUCAAAUUGUUUCCCCUCAUUGGCCGAAGUCAAGUCGGCCUCGAUGCAUAUGGCAGAUAUGUCUGCUCGGGCGUUGCGAGUCGAGCCCGUAGCACGCUCAACACCGGCUCGGGAAAUGCUCAGCCCCUGUUCUACGCCAAUGCUCUGACGAAAUUGUUCGAGCACAUUGCCCAAAUCGUGGACGGCCAUGAACCUCUCGUGGAGCGCCACUAUGGUGGUGGGAGCAUGACGAAAGUCAUUGAGCGCAUUCAGAUGGAAGCCGAUGUUCAAGGCGGCAUCAUCCUCGAUACUUGGGCAGAAGAACGAAGAGUGAAUAGGAAAUUGACGGAUGUAAAGGCCUACCCCUACAACUUCCUGGUUCAGAGCUUUGUGCCCUCCUCAAAAUCCGCCCUCUCUUCCACUCCCCGGACGGCAUCGCCAGCCUUGGGCAACUCCACCGCCUCGGCAGUGCGCGCAGACGAUGACGCCGUAGACAUGAAGGAAGUCGAUGCGCUACUCAACGAAAGCGCCGUCAUGCUAGGCCGUUGGUCAUUGUACGCUCGAUUCAUCGCGACCAAGACCGCCACACCCACUGAAGGCGAGAAGUUGCAAAUGCCUCCCUUCGUCGCAAACAGCACCCUCGCAAAGAAAGCCCUCGGCCACCUCGUCGAGCCCUUCAACGCUCUCGCAACCUUCUUCUUCCGCCGCAGCGUGGAGCGAGCCUUCCAAAUGGACGAGGCCCCAUCCGAUCUAACUCUGAACCCCAACAAAACCCUCGCAUCCAGUGGCGGACCCUACAUCACAAGCGCGGUCGACGAUGUAAUGUACAUCCUCAAUCAAGCCCUACAGCGCACUCUGUCUACGCGGUCAAAAGGAAUCAUCAACAGCGUGGUGCCCAGUUUCGGCCGUGUGCUCGGUGGCGACUUCUUCGGAAUGAUUCAGAGGAAGAUGCGAGACGAAAGCUACCCCCGUGCCGUCAUCCAGAAUGCCCUUCCGCCCGAGAACACCAUCAUCGCCUUUCUCGUCUUGAUGAAUAACCUCGACGUGGCCACGAACUAUGUGAAACGCAUCAUCCGGACAUGUCUGGGUCCCGACCCGGCAGCCACCCUCACCGAGACCUUCCCCUUCGGCAACGACGCACAAGCCGUCGAGAAGACAUUCCACGGCAUGGAAAGCGGCUUCGAAGCGAAGACCACCGAGCUCAUCAACGAAGCAGUGGAAGUAAUGCUGCAGCACGUGAUGCGGCCGCGCCUGCGUCCAGUAUUAGUCGAAGCCUUCCGAGACGUGGAGUACCUCAUCGAAGGCGAAGACGCCACGCACGCCGCCGAGAGCGAGCACGACGACCACGACGGAGACGCAGUAGCGCACCGCUUCGACCGCGGCUGGCACGCCUUCACCUCCCCCAUCAAGCGCAUCACCACGCCCGCAAUCUACGACAAACUCCUCGCUGCUACGGUGACGUACCUCGCGCGCACGCUCGAGAAGCGCAUUUGGUCCUACUACGAGCGAGUGAAUGCUCUCGGCGCGGUGCGCUUGGAGCGAGACGUCGCUGGCAUAGUCGCGGCGGCCGUCAAGGGUGGCAGAUACGAGCUUCGCGAUGCCUUCACCAAGUGCACGCAGAUGACACUAGUACUGAACAUGGAGGAAGAUGAGUGGGAGGAGGUGUCAAAACUGAGUGGCAAGGAGCUGGAGCGGGCGACGGGAGUGCAGUGGAAGUUGGAUGAGGGCGAGCGGAGACGUGUGCGAGCAUUGUUGAAGAAGUGA